GCGAUGGCGGCGAGGCGGACGGGCGUGCUGGUGCUGCUGGGGCUCGCGGCGCUCGGCUCGUGUCCCUGCGCCCCGGGGCCCCUGCCGUGCGCCCUCCGCGCCGCCGCUGCCGCCAAGAUGAAGGUGGUGGAGGAGCCCAACUCGUUCGGGCUCAACAACCCGUUCCUGCCCCAGACCAGCCGCCUGCAGCCCAGGAGGGAGCCUUCGCCCGUGUCCGGGCCUGCGCACCUCUUCAGGCUUUCUGGCAAGUGCUUCAGCCUGGUGGAGUCCACGUACAAGUACGAGUUCUGUCCCUUCCACAACGUGACGCAGCACGAGCAGACCUUCCGCUGGAACGCCUACAGCGGGAUCCUGGGCAUCUGGCACGAGUGGGAGCUGUCCAACUACACCUUCAAGGCCAUGUGGAUGAGGGACGGCGACUCCUGCCGCACCCGGAGCCGCCAGAGCAAGGUGGAGCUGGCCUGUGGGAGCAGCCACCGCCUGGCCCGCGUGUCUGAGCCGAGCACCUGUGUGUACGCGCUGACCUUCGAGACGCCUCUGGUCUGCCACCCACACUCCCUGUUAGUGUACCCGGCCCUUCCCCCGGCCCUGCAGCAGAGGUGGGACCAGGUGGAGCAGGACCUGGCCGACGAGCUGAUCACGGCCCAGGGCCAUGAGAAGCUGCUCAGGGCGCUUUUUGAGGAUGCAGGCUACUUAAAGACCCCAGAAGAAAGUGAAUCGGUGCAGGAAGGAGGGGCUAAGGCCCCAGUGUUCCAGACCUUGGAGAACUGCAGUGAGGCACAUAAAGAGCUGUCAAAGGAGAUCAGGAGACUGAGGAGUGUGCUGACACAGCACGGCAUCCCCUACACGAAGCCUGCAGAAACUUCCAGCCCUGAGCACAUGGGCCCCAAGACACCCACAGAUGGGACCGCAGAACAGCUCCGAGGUGACGCGUGACUGCGUGGGAACACCUUGUGACCUGAGACAGGGCCAGAGGGCAGCACCAGACUGGAGAUGGGGGACCUGGGGCGUGCAUCCUCUGCCUUCUGGCCUGUGGGCCCCCAGGCUUAGCUCAAAGAGGCAGACAAAUAAAGAUUCAAAAUUUUAAUUAA